GUUUUUUGCCAGCUUCGUUCAAGGUGUAUCGUUCCAACAUUCAUUAACCGCUGACAAUGUGGUUUGGUUUUGUAUUGGUGGUGAUUGUAGCAAAAAUAGAUGCAGACAGAAAUCAACUUACAUCGACUUCUGAUUCUGGUGUUUGCUUUUAUGGAAAAACGGCUGAACGAGUACUUAGCAUCUUGGCAACUGGUAAACACAGGUCUUUGCUGCAUUCAGAGCCUAAAGUACGGGACUGCUCGGAUUUAUACCGAAAACAUUACAGAAGUGGAGUCUACAAAAUCUACUCGGCAGUUGGCGCUGGAUUUAAGGCGUACUGUGAUAUGGAGACGGAUGGUGGAGGGUGGACAGUUUUUCAGCGAAGACAAAACGGUAAAGUAGAUUUCUACCGAGGAUGGGUAGACUAUGUAAACGGAUUUGGUAAUCUGAGAACGGAAUUCUGGUUAGGUAAUGACAAGCUAUAUAAACUAACAUCUCAAGGACAGUAUGAGCUCAGAGUCAACUUGGAGGAUUUUAAUGGCGAUAACGCCUAUGCAAAAUAUUCUAACUUCUACAUCGGUGACAAGUCAACCAACUACAAACUGACAGUGAAUGGUUAUAGUGGAACGGCAGGCGAUGCUCUGAAGCUUCAUAAUAAUCGGGCUUUCUCGACAAAAGAUAAAGAUAAUGACAGCCAUAGCAGUGCAGAUUGUGCUGAUAUCUAUAAAGGGGCUUGGUGGUAUGGAAGCUGUCAUGACGCUAAUCUAAACGGACUGUAUCUAGGAAAUAAAAAAGGUAACAAAGGAAUGCGUUGGAAUCAGUGGAAAGGUGAACAGUCAAUGAAGACUACGUCGAUGAUGAUUCGUAGAAGACGACUCUAACAAAGUGUGAUAUUAUUUGAAAAAAAUAAAAACGCAGAUAUA